CUUCCGCCCCCCCAUCCCCACCCCGCCCGCCCGCCACCUCCCCCCGGUUUCUCAUUCCUGCCACUAGCGCGCUCGGCGGCUCAUUCCGCGGCCGCCGCCAGCCGAGGGGAGCGUCGCUAGCAGAUGCCGCGGGGGCCGCUCGCAGCCGCCGCCGACUUGUGAAUGGGACCCGGACUCGGGCCGGGGCUGACACCGCUGCGCUCGCCCUGCGCCAGGGACCGACAGCCGGAGCUCGCGCCCACCCUCCAGGGCCCCAGAAAGUCCUGUAUUUUUGGCUCCGUGGCCCUGUGAUGCUCAUUCCUGUUGUUAUUUGUUGAGUGACCAAUCAGAUGGGUGGAGUGUGUUAUAGAAAUUGGCAGCAAGUAUCCAAUGGGUGAAGAAGUGUGUGGGGUACAUGUGCACGCUCGGUGAACAGGCCUUCAUAGGAAUGAGACACAGUCUCCGUCCACCUGGGUCUUCCGCUGCUGAGAGCUUUGGCAGGCGCUCCCUGAUAAACCAGUGCUUGCUGAUCCAAGUCCUUUUUCAAAAGAGAAGCCGACUGGGGAAGUGGGCAGCCCUGACGUGAUGUGCUCAGCGAGCAGAGACAUUCCACUCCAAGAGAGGUCUGCGUGACACAUCUGGGAGGCCGCCAUUGGCCGGGCCACCAUACAGUUGGUGGAAGAGGUGACAGCUGCAUUAUCCUGUGCCUACCACGUAACCAAAAAUGAAGGAGAACUACUGUUUACAAGCCGCCCUGGUGUGCCUGGGCAUGCUGUGCCACAGCCAGGCCUUCACCACGGAGCGGCGGAGCCACCUGCGACCCUCGUUCCAUGGGCACCACGAGAAGGGCAAGGAGGGGCAGGUGCUGCAGCGCUCCAAGAGAGGCUGGGUCUGGAACCAGUUCUUUGUGAUAGAGGAGUACACCGGGCCUGACCCCGUGCUCGUGGGCAGGCUUCAUUCCGAUAUUGACUCUGGUGAUGGGAACAUUAAAUACAUUCUCUCAGGUGAAGGAGCUGGAACCAUUUUUGUGAUUGAUGACAAAUCAGGGAACAUUCAUGCCACCAAGACAUUGGACCGAGAGGAGAGAGCCCAGUACACGCUGAUGGCUCAGGCGGUGGACAGAGACACCAACCGGCCGCUGGAGCCUCCCUCAGAAUUCAUCGUCAAGGUCCAGGACAUUAAUGACAACCCUCCUGAGUUCUUACAUGAGACCUAUCACGCCAACGUGCCGGAGAGGUCCAACGUGGGAACGUCAGUAAUCCAGGUGACAGCUUCAGAUGCAGAUGACCCUACCUAUGGGAACAGCGCCAAGUUAGUAUACAGCAUCCUGGAAGGACAACCCUACUUUUCAGUAGAAGCACAGACAGGUAUCAUCAGAACAGCCCUUCCCAACAUGGACAGGGAAGCCAAGGAGGAGUACCAUGUGGUGAUCCAGGCCAAGGACAUGGGUGGACAUAUGGGUGGACUCUCAGGGACAACCAAAGUGACGAUCACACUGACCGAUGUCAAUGACAACCCACCAAAGUUUCCACAGAGCGUAUACCAGAUGUCUGUGUCAGAAGCAGCUGUCCCCGGGGAGGAAGUAGGAAGAGUGAAGGCUAAAGACCCAGACAUUGGAGAAAAUGGCUUAGUCACAUACAAUAUUGUUGAUGGAGACGGUAUGGAAUUAUUUGAAAUCACAACGGACUAUGAAACACAGGAGGGCGUGGUGAAGCUGAAAAAGCCUGUAGAUUUUGAAACCAAAAGAGCGUACAGCUUGAAGGUAGAGGCAGCCAACGUGCACAUCGACCCCAAGUUCAUCAGCAACGGGCCUUUCAAGGACACUGUGACGGUCAAAAUCGCAGUAGAAGAUGCUGAUGAGCCCCCCAUGUUCUUGGCCCCAAGUUACAUCCACGAAGUCCAAGAAAAUGCACCCGCUGGCACUGUGGUUGGGCGAGUGCAUGCCAAAGACCCUGAUGCUGCCAACAGUGCGAUAAGGUAUACAAUCGAUCGUCAUACGGACCUCGACAGGUUUUUCACUAUUAAUCCAGAGGAUGGUUUUAUUAAAACUAUGAAACCUUUGGAUAGAGAGGAAACUGCCUGGAUCAACAUAUCUGUUUUUGCAGCAGAAAUCCACAAAGGGCAUCAGGAAGCCAAAGUCCCAGUGGCCAUUAGGGUCCUCGAUGUCAAUGAUAAUGCUCCCAAGUUUGCUGCCCCUUAUGAAGGCUUCAUCUGUGAGAGUGACCAGACCAAGCCACUUUCUAACCAGCCAAUUGUUACAAUUAGUGCAGAUGACAAGGAUGACACAGCCAAUGGACCAAGAUUUAUCUUCAGUCUACCCCCUGAAAUCAUUCACAAUCCAAAUUUCACAGUCAGAGACAACAGAGACAACACCGCAGGCGUGUAUGCCCGGCGCGGAGGGUUCAGUCGGCAGAAGCAGGAUUUGUACCUCCUGCCCAUCGUGAUCAGCGAUGGUGGAAUCCCACCCAUGAGUAGCACCAACACCCUCACCAUCAAGGUCUGCGGGUGUGACGUGAAUGGGGCGCUGCUCUCCUGCAAUGCCGAGGCCUACAUCCUGAACGCCGGCCUGAGCACGGGGGCACUGAUCGCCAUCCUUGCCUGCAUCGUCAUUCUCCUGGUCAUCGUAGUGUUGUUUGUGACCCUGAGAAGACAAAAGAAAGAACCGCUCAUCGUCUUUGAGGAAGAAGAUGUCCGUGAGAACAUCAUUACCUAUGAUGAUGAAGGGGGUGGGGAAGAAGACACAGAAGCCUUUGAUAUCGCCACCCUCCAGAAUCCUGACGGUAUCAAUGGAUUUAUCCCUCGCAAAGACAUAAAACCCGAGUAUCAGUACAUGCCUAGGCCUGGGCUCCGGCCAGCGCCCAACAGUGUGGAUGUGGAUGACUUCAUCAACACGAGAAUACAGGAGGCGGAUAAUGAUCCCACCGCCCCUCCUUAUGACUCCAUCCAAAUCUAUGGGUACGAAGGCAGGGGCUCGGUGGCUGGGUCUCUGAGCUCCUUAGAGUCUGCCACCACAGAUUCAGACUUGGACUAUGACUACCUGCAGAACUGGGGACCUCGGUUUAAGAAACUAGCAGACUUGUAUGGUUCCAAAGACACUUUUGAUGACGACUCUUAACAGUAACGCUACAAAUUUGGCCUUAAGAACUGUGUCUGGCGUUCUGAUGAAUCUAGAAGAUAUGGAAACAGGUAUUUUUUUAAAUCAAGGAAUGGCUCAUUUAAAACAAGCAAAGUUUUACAGAGAGGAUACGUUUAAUAAAACUGCAAGGACAUCAAAGUGGUAAAUACUGUGAAGUACCUUUUCUCACCAAAAGGCAAAUGUUGAGGUUGUUGAUCAACUUCGCUAGAGAAAAAAACCACUUGGCAUACAAAAUAUUUAAGUGAAGGAGAAGUCUAAUGGUGAACUUACAAUGAAGGGAAAUUGUUUAUGUGUUAUGAACAUCUAAGUCUUUUUUUUUUUUUAAUAUGUCAAAGAAGCUUCCACAAAAUUAGAAAGGACAACAGUUCUGAGCUGUAAUUUCGCCUUAAACUAUGGACACUCUAUAUGUAGUGCAUUUUUAAACUUGAAAUAUAUAAUAUUCAGCCAGCUUAAACCCAUACAAUGUAUGUACAAUACAAUGUACAAUUAUGUCUCUUGAGCAUCAAUCUUGUUACUGCUGAUUCUUGUAAAUCUUUUUGCUUCUACUUCCAUCUUAAACUAAUACGUGCCAGAUAUAACUGUCUUGUUUCAGUGAGAGGCGCCCUAUUUCUAUGUCAUUUUUAAUGUAUCUAUUUGUACAAUUUUAAAGUUCUUAUUUUAGUAUACAUACAAAUAUCAGUAUUCUGACAUGUAAGAAAUGUUACGGCAUCACACUUAUAUUUUAUGAACAUUGUACCUUUGCUUUAAUAUGAGCUUCAAUAUAAGAAGCAACCUUUGAAAUAAAAAAGAUUC